GCUCCCAGGGAUAGUAUAAAUUGAGGGAGGGACGACCAUAUCCGAGCCCAGAAGAGAAGAGAGAGAGAGAGAGAGAGAGAGAGAGAGAGAAAGAUUGGAAUUGAAGUUGAAGUGUCAACAACUCGCCGUUGAUCAAUCCACUACGCGUAGCCGUCGCCGGAAAACUUUCGCCGCUCAUCUCUUCUGGUGAGAAUAGCGUAUGGAGAAGGAACAAGAAUUAGAGUGGGCAGAGGCCCAGAAGAUUGGGAUUACUGUAGACCUAGUUGCUGCAGCCAAACGGCAACUGAAAUUUCUUGCAGCUGUUGAUAGGAACCGCUGGCUCUAUGAAGGCCCUGCUCUCGAAAGAGCCAUCUACAGGUACAAUGCUUGUUGGCUGCCAUUGCUUGCAAAAUAUUCUGAGGGCCAGAUCAUCGAAGGACCUUUGGUUGUUCCUCUUGAUUGUGAAUGGGUUUGGCAUUGCCACAGGCUAAAUCCAGUUAGGUACAAGUCCGACUGUGUGGAAUUAUAUGGAAGGAUUCUUGACAACCACAAUGUUGUUUCUUCUAUUCAAGGGUCUUCAAAAAGGGAAACUGAACAGACUUGGAACGAACUAUAUCCCAAUGAACCCUAUGAUUUUCCUAAGAAGAAACAAAGGUCUUGCAAAAUUGAAAGUGAACAAACUUGGAACAAAUUGUACCCCAACGAACCCUAUGAUUUUGAUUUGCCCAGUGGUUUCUUUGAAAAAGUAUCUGGAGAUGGAAAAUACACACAAUAUGAUUUGCUUUCAGCUGUUCAAAGGCAGGUUCCAUUUUUUUACCAGGUUUCCAGACCCCAUAUGGACAAUGAUCUCUUUCUUGAAGCAGCUGUAGCUAGAUACAAAGGGUUUCUGCAUCUAAUCAAGAAGAACAUGGAGAGAUCUUUAAAUCGCUUUUGUGUUCCAACAUACGACGUUGACCUUAUCUGGCACUCUCAUCAGUUACAACCUGCUUGUUACUGCAAAGACCUCAAAGGAAUACUUGGGAAGGUUUUAGAACAUGAUGACACAGAUUCAGACAGAUCAAAAGGGAAGAAGUUGGAUUCUGGAUUUUCUGAUACUACCAAGCAGUGGGAGGAUACAUUUGGCACGAGGUAUUGGAGAGCAGGGGCAAUGUAUAGAGGUUCUGCCCCAUCUCCUAUCAUGGCGCCUCCUUGUUCUUCAUAUAUUGUGGCCGAGAAGGUUGUUGCGUCCAAUGAGCAUAAGGAAACUGUACGUCUUCCUCGUGUGAAGGCUGUGGAGGUCAUGGUGGAAUUUGUUGGUGUCAGAAACUUACCAGAAGACCACAAGGGAACUCUGUCUGUCAUAUUUGCUAAAUCACAGCCUGAUACAAUCUUCAAUGCCAAGAGGAGACUCAGUAUUUUAUCAGAGUCUGGGGAGAAACAGGUUGCUUCUUUCAAUUGUCAAUCUAAUGGAUAUCUGCUAUUUGAACUGGUCUCCCGCUCUCCUUCCAACUUAAAACUAUCAAGGCCAUAUAAAACUUUGGGUUCCACUUCUUUCUCUCUGGAGCAUUUCCUGAACCCCGUUUCCACCCUCUCCGUUGAGAAGUGGUUGGAGUUGACGCCAAGUUGCCGAGUGGACUCAAAGCCAAUAGGUCUAAGGGUUGCCCUCUCAUUUUCCAUUCCCACCCCAGCACCACAUGUGCUUCACAUGGUUCAUUCCUACCCGUUCUGGAAGAGGUCUUGUUUUUUUCCAUUUCCUGGAAUGUUGCAAUUCACUCAAAGUGGGACUCGUGUCAUUGAUGAAGGUUGCAAUGAGGUCAUCAGCCUCCAGAUGAGGGGCAGAAAUAACUCUAAAUUGAAGAAAGAGGUGAUUGGAAUUUCAAAAUCUGGCAAAGUAUGUACUCUUGCCGAAUUCGUAGGGGCAGAAUGGUCUUUAAUAGAUUCUUCCCCAUGGUCUCUCGACCUUCGGAAAAGAUCCGAUAAAGAUGGUGACCUUUUUGAGCUCACAGGCCUUCGGAAGGUAAAACUAUUCCCUGGUAGAAAUCUGGAAUAUGAACCCAAGCAAUGUGAUAAGCAUAGAAGCGAACGUGACUUCGUGACCUUAGUAGAAUUCUCAGCAGAAGACCCGUAUGGCAGGGCAAUUGCAUUGCUUGACUUGAAAUCCGGGAUUUCCAAGGUAAAAGAAGAAUGGCUGGUAUUGCCUGGAAUCAUUUUGACAUUUAUUCUUUCUGAUAUUUUGAGAGAGAAGGGAUAUGAAGGCCUACAACAUAGUGAAUUUGGAAACAAAUUGAUCACAAAGAAGGAAGCGGCCUUGAAUGUGGACACGGCUAACAAAAACAGACUGGCAUCAGAAAAAGCCACAGCAUGUAGCGAAGGGUGUGAUAGUGGGUGUAGAAAUGCAUUACUGAGAGGAGGUGGAAACACACUGAAAAGUGGUGGUUCUGGAGGCGGAAGUGGAAAUAUAGUGAAGAGUGGCAGUUGUGGUAGUGGUUGUGGCGGCAAAUGUGGAAACAUGGUUAAGAGCGGUGGUUGUGGCAGUGGUUGUGGAGGCAGUUGUGGAAAUAAGGUGAACAGCAGUGGCUGUGGUGGUGGGUGUGGUGGUGGUAAAUGUGGAAUUACGGUGGACAGCGGUGGUUGUGGCGGGUGUGGUGGUGGUGGUGGUUGUGGAAGCGGAUGUGGAAAGAUGGUGAACAGCAGUGCGUGCGGUAGUGGUUGUGGUGGAAAAUGUGGAAACUUGGUGAAGAGUGGUGGCUGCGGUAGUGGUUGUGGUGGAGACUGUGGGAACAUGGUGAAUAGUGGUGGAUGCGGAGGUUGUGGGGGUGGUUGUGGCGGUAAGGCAUCUGGAAAAAGUACUGCCAAUCCCUCUGCCUUGGGAAACCCAAAUUAAGCGCCUAUCCAAGAGAAAUGAAAAGAGUCUGCUUGCCUCUCGUUUUUCGCUUUCAGGAGAUCGGUUCCUAAAGUAGUUUCUUUGUGUCGAAACUCUGGUUCCUGCAUUGUUGAUGUCGAAAGCUUAAUACCAUCAUGUAUCUUGUUGUGUUCUUUAAUAAAGCCUUCUGAUGACCAUUUCUCAGGUUGUCUGUUGGUUCAAAUCCAUCAAUAAGAAUUUGCUCGGUGUUUGGUCA